GAAAAUUUGCAGACGGAAACGAUCCCCAUCGUCUGGCGAUAAGUUCAUGCGGAACGUUGAAAAAUCGACGGAAAUCGCAUUAAUCGACCGAAAAAUUGCUAGUGUGAUACCGCCUUUAUGUUGACCGUUCUUGUUGUGAUACCGUUAAAUAUAGUAUAUGUCGACACACUUGUAAACAAACAGACGACACCGCCGCACCGGCUGUCCUUGGCCGAAAAGCCAGUUUGAAGUGGUUGGAGGAGCUGCGGCUGGCGGUUCAGGGCUAAAGCCUGGUUGUUUAUACGGAAAUUACGACUAUAAGUGGUCAUGAGAGACUUAGUGAAGAUGCCUCCAUCUAUAAGGAAAAGGAAAUGAUAAUAUAAAUACAUUGAAAGUUCAUAAAAGUGUUGAGAAAAAAUUAUAAUAUUUUCCACUAAAAUGUUGCCUGCAUUUAUUUCUUCUUGUGGUGUCCUUAGAAGAUUAAGGGCCAAUGUCGGUAAACUUUGUAGAGUGUGCUCAUCACAACAAAUUGCCAACUCAAGGUGCAGUUUAUCACUCUCAUGCCAGACUCACAAGAGUGAAAAGGACAGUGAGGAUUUUGGUACAGAAGAGGGAAAGGUGGAACAGAAGUUUCGAAAGCAUGAAUACUCAAAUCCAUUUGAGAGGACUUUUGGAAUAUUAAAAGAUGAUGUUGUAAGCUAUUAUAAAAAGCGUAGGAAAUUCAUUGAGGACAUAGCAAAGAAAGCACAGAGCAAUGCAGAAGCUAAUGCAAAACCAGCAUCCAAAAAUAUAUAUGGUUUUGAGCCCAGUAGUGGAGAUGUGGAAGAAAAUAUAUGGCCAUCUCAUUGUGACGUGCUAGUGGUGGGAGGAGGUGCCAUGGGAUCAUCUAUUGCCUACCACAUCAAAGAAAAGGCACGAGGUGGACUCAAUGUGGUGGUGGUGGAGGAAGACCCAGGUUACAAGAAGGCCUCCACAGUGCUUUCAGUGGGUGGCAUCCGGCAGCAGUUUAGCAUCCCAGAGAACAUUGAGCUCUCCAUGUAUGGGAUGGAGUUCCUGCGCAAUAGUCCUGAGCUGCUGGCGGUGGAGGGCUUGGACACCCCAGACAUUCAAUUUAAUCCCAAUGGCUACCUGACGUUGGCAUCAGAAGAAGGAUAUGAGCAGCUCAGACAAAAUUUUGAAUUACAGAUAGACAUGGGAGCAAAAGUGUCCUUCCUCACUAAGUCAGAGCUUUCCAAAAUGUAUCCGUGGCUGAAUGUUUCUGGUGUUGCAGCAGGAGUUUUGGGCAGAGAAAAUGAAGGCUGGUUUGAUCCGUGGAGUUUGCUGAUUGGCCUUCAACGAAAAGCCAUUUCUCUUGGGACACAGUACAUCAGUGGCAAAGUGACUGGCUUUAGUGAAGAGACCAUGGAUGACGUAAUUCUGGAGGGAACACAACAGUCAAACAUCAAACGUAUCACUGCUGCUGAGGUGACUUUGCCCAGCGGAGAGACUCGCACCAUCAACUUUGCCAUCCUGGUGGCAGCCAGUGGGGCGUGGACAGGAGAGCUUGGCCGCAUGGCAGGGAUAGGGGAGGGGCAUGGCAUCCUCAGUGUACCUAUCCCUAUUGAGCCCAGAAAGCGUUAUGUGUAUUGCGUCCAUGCCCCCGAUGGUCCAGGCCUUCAGUCACCAUUAUUGGUUGACCCCAAUGGGACAUACUUCCGACGAGAAGGCUUGGGAGGCCUGUACCUUUGUGGACAGUCACCACCUGAGGACAAAGAGCCAAAUGUGGAUGACCUAGAUGUUGACUAUAGCUUUUUUAAUGACAAUGUGUGGCUAACCAUUGCCCAGAGAGUCCCUGCAUUUGAAAAGUUGAAGCUCCACAGUUCCUGGGCUGGCUACUACGACUACAAUGCCUUCGACCAGAAUGGUAUCAUUGGACUUCAUCCUCUCUUCUCCAACUUCAUGAUUGCCAGUGGUUUCAGUGGCCAUGCCCUCACACUUCCUGGAGGAGUGACUCAGCCACUUGCAGGCAUCCAGCAGGCACCAGGCAUUGGCCGGGCGGUCAUGGAGUGCAUAAUGUAUGGCGGCUACGAGACCAUCAACUUGGAGCGGUUUGGCUUUGAAAGGGUCUUGGCAGAUGUUCCUCUCUUUGAGUCAAAUAUUGUGUAGUUCUGUCAAUUGUAUUCUGUAAUCCAGUUCAUACUAGUAAGUGUUGCUUCAAUUUGCAAAAAUUAAUAUUUUUAUGACAAAAAUUUUUAUCAUGGGUAAUUUUAAAUGUCUUUGUUAUGACUUCAUAAGAUCAUUAUGGAGGCCUUCUCUCUGGGUCAGAUAUAUUUAUGCCUCUACACCCAAGGUUUUCUGCCUAAACCUCACUUCACACUUUUUCAUUUAUAUAUUUAUUUUUUAUUUUAUUUUCCUAUGUGGUAACUGUAUAGUUCAUAUAUAUAUAUAUAUAUAUAUAUAUAUAUAUAUAUAUAUAUAUAUAUAUAUAUAUAUAUAUAUAUAUAUAUAUAUAUAUUUAUUUAUUUAUUUAUUUAUUUAUUUUUAUUUAUUUUAUUUUAUUUAUUUUAUUAUUUUUUUCCUGUGGUGACAGUGUGUAGUUCGUUAAAUCAGUGAAAUUAAUGAGACUAUGCAUAUAUGAGAAGCCUGAUAAAAGAUCAUAGUUUAUAUAUUGGAGGACAAACAUUGACAGAAAUCUGCUUCACAUGUAAUUGUUUCUACUUGUCACUAGUUUAGGAAGUUAUCUCGGACUAUGAGCUCAUCUUGACAAGACUUCAAGAAAUUUGGUUUUCUUCUGUAAACUUGUCUGCAUAGUUGUCUUUUUAACUGCUUCAUUAUGUUUGUUAUUAUUUGUGUUAUUAUAAGUACUGGCCAAAGAAUUUUUUAAGAGUCAAAAAACACUGAAAAUUGCAGCUCAGGAUUUCCAGAGCACUGUGAAUUCAUAGUUUCAUCGUGAAAUCAAACCUUGUUGACAAACGAGAUAAGAUGAUCAAGAUAGCAUGAACACACAAAAAAAAUAUACAAAUAAAUAAAUAAACUAAAAUAAACUAAAAUAUAUAAAUAAGUGAAUAAAUAGAAAUCACCCUCCUCAAUUUUGGCACUUAUGUACUUGUCUUUUUUUAGAUGUAGCACUAAACUCAAGGAUUGUAAAGCUUGCGAUAUUGAAAAUUGGAAAAAAUUAUUCCAGUUAUUUUCUCUGAUUAAUAGAACCUUUAUAAAGAAUAAGAACCUUUAUAAAGAGUUAUACAGUGUUUCUGAGUUCCUAGGAAUACAGCAUGGAUAUGAAACUACUGGCAUUAAAAAAAUAAACAAAAAUGGAAAAAAAUUAAUUCAAAUAUUUUCCUGUAAAAAAUUAAAAUGUGUUCUCUACUUAAAGAGGAAGUCUUAUAAAUGGUUAUAAAAUAUUUUUUGAGUUGCUAGGAAUGCAGCAUAAAUAAUGACAAUUUUUAACUUGAUAAUAAAAUGAAGUUACAGUGGAGACUCAAUACUCGAACAUGAUUCGUUCCAAAUGGCUGUUCGAGUAUUUAAAAGUUCGACUAUUGAUACCUAUAAAUCAGGUAUUUCGUUCCAAUCUUAGCAAAAUCUCAAGUUUAUGUAAAUUUGAAUGUAUUUUUUUACAAUUUUGAUUUGUGCAUACCGUAUGUGAAGGCUGGUGAUGGAUAACUUAGAAGAGGAGGGAGGUCGCUGAGGGAUGAAAAUAUCUUUGUAGUUUCUGGUGUACGUGAUUCCUGUGAAUCCACAAAUGGAGUGCUGUGGCUCAUUAACACUUGCAGUUUCACCAGAUUCCUUAUUUCAUCACUAAUAAGCCUCUUUGGUACCAUCGUAAAAGAAUGUUGCUUUUCUCCAAACUGCGGCAGGACAAGGGAUGCACACCGGCAUCCGGUAUACCGGUAUUACGGUAAUACCGGAGGGGGAAGGGGGACCUCAGGGAGCCUUUGCUUACAACCACGUGUGUGAACGUUCGAUCACGGUGCGUUCGACAGUUUUUUUUUUUUUUCCCCCCCCCGAGUAUUAAAUCAAAAUUUUGCUUUCGAGUAUUUAGACGUUUGAGUAUUGAGUCUCCAUUGUACUUGAAAAAUUCAAUGGAUACAUGCUUUUUAUAUAAAUAUUAUUCUUUGUAUAUUUACUUGUUGAAUUGUCAUUAAUCUUAGAGGAUAAUCUUGUAUCGCAAAACUUGUUAAAUUUUUUGUUCAAGCAUGAAAUUUUUGAAAAAAAAUUAAAUCCUUUUCUCUGAUUA